AUUGAUCUCAGUAACUAUCAGAUCAAUGGAGAGUGGGAUUUGCUUGAGGCACCGGCAAUACGAAAUGUGAUAAAAUACGACUGCUGCGAGGCGACCUACAUAGACAUCACCUUCACCAUCCACAUCAGGCGGCGCUCUUUGUACUAUGGCUUCAACCUCAUCAUCCCCUGCGCACUAAUUUCCAUGCUGACUCUACUCACCUUCCUCCUACCCCCAGACGAAGGGGAGAAAAUUGGUCUAGGUCGGUUGGUUUUGAUG